GCAACCCACACAACCUAUGGCCACUUUGCACUUCAGCACCUGCUCUGCUCUCUUUCUCAGUGGGACUCUGGAACUGCCAGUCAGCUGUGAACAAAGCUUACUUCAUUCCAGCCUUUGUCACACAGUCCACCCUCAGCAUCCUGGCACUGACAGAAACAUGGAUACAUCCAGAGGAUACAGCAUCACCUUCUGCUCUCUCCAAAAACUUCUCCUUCUCUCACACCCCUCGACACACUGGUAGGGGUGGGGGAACAGGUUUGCUCAUUCAUAACAACUGGACUUUUUCACCACACUCUUCUCUAUGUAACAAUACUACUUUUGAAUUCCAUGCUAUUACUACAAUGCAACCCACAAAAAUACAUUUUGUUGUCAUUUAUCGCCCUCCAGGUCAGCUGGCAAACUUUCUCGAGGAGCUGGAUGUCCUGCUGUCCUCCUUCCCGGAGGAUGGUAAGCCACUUGUGGUUCUUGGUGAUUUCAACAUACACCAAGACAAGCCCCAGGCCACUGAACUGAAUGAUCUUCUGGCCUCAUUUGACUUGGAAAGUCUAAGCACCACAGCAACUCACAGAUUGGGCAACCAGCUGGACCUCGUUUUUACACAAAACUGUACCAACUCAAAUAUUCUUGUUACUCCUUUACAUGUCUCUGAUCACUAUUUUGUUCAAUUCAACAUGACUCUCCCAUCUACAUUAAAACAGACUCCUCCUUUGGUUUCCUUUUGCCGUAACAUCCGUUCUCUUUCACCCUCUCGCCUUUCCACUGCUGUCUCUACCACUCUUCCCACACAAAAUGUAUUUUCCACCCUUGAUGUAAACACUGCCACAGACACACAAAGCUCUACUUUAACAACCUGUCUAGACAACAUCUGUCCUCUCUCCUCAAGGCCAGCAUGUACUACACCACCCAGCCCCUGGCUCUCUGACAUCCUUUGUGAACAUCGGACUGACCUCAGGGAAGCUGAGAGGAGAUGGCUGAAAUCUAAAGAUCCAGAAGAUCUAGAACAAGCAGCUGGAUGACAAUCAAUCAGGCUUCAAAAGUGGACACUCCACCGAGUCUGCCCUGCUGUCUGUCACUGAGUCGCUGAGACAGGCGAAAGAUGAAUCCAGAUCAUCCAUCCUGAUUUUACUGGACCUUUCUGCAGCCUUCGACACAGUCAACCAUCAGAUCUUACUCUCCACCCUCUCUUCGCUGGGCAUCACAGGAACUGUGCUUGACUGUUUAAUUCCUAUCUCUCAGGUAGUUCCUUCAAGGUAGCCUGGAGAGGUGAGGUGUCCAAGUCACAUCAGCUACUUACUGGGGUACCUCAGGGAUCAGUGCUUGGGCCACUUCUCUUCUCUAUAUACACAACAACACUGGGACCCAUCAUUCAGGCACAUUGUUUCUCUUACCACUGCUACACUGAUGACACGCAACUCUACUUGUCUUUCCAGCCCAACGAAACCACAGUGACUGCUCGAAUCUCUGCCUGCCUGGCAGACAUCUCGGCCUGGUUGAAGGAACACCACCUGCAACUUAACCCAGCCAAGAAUGAACACUUUAAUCUGUUUUGAAUGCUAUUCUGAUGCUAGUGAAACUUUGUAAUAUGGCACUUUUCGUACCACUGUCUCCUUAAGAUGAUUCGCUUAAGUGUUCCUCUUUUGUAAGUCGCUUUGGAUAAAAGCAU